AUGGACUACGCAAGCAGCAGUAGUAACGCCCAAUUCAAUUACAAUAUCGAUCAGCUUGAAAUAGAACCAGGACAGGAAGCGGGACCCUCGUCACCUCCUUCUACGAAGAAGCGUAUUCGACGUGAAUCAUCUUCCGAACCUACCCGAGUACAGCUAGCAUGUUUUUACUGUCGGUCCAAGAGGAUAAGGUGUAAUGGGGUGAAACCGACUUGUGAGGGAUGUACGAAAGCUCAAGUCAAGUGUGAAUGGCCCACGUCGAGGGCAAAGAAGAGAACGAAGAAGCAGAUGGAGGAGGCUAGGGCAAAAGAGAAAAUCAGUGGUGAAGGGCUUAUAGCAGAUGAUACUCAACAGGAUCCGAGUUUUACAAACUCCUUCACGGCUGAUCCGAACGAUCUGUGGAACCUUGCCAAUAGUACUAGUAAUUACCUCUGGCCGACAGAUUUCAGCCUGCCCACCAACGGCAACGGCAACAGCAAUGGUAAUGGCAACUCGUCAAUGGGUAUAACAGAUUUCUCGCAAGCACAGGCUAUGCAACCCCCACUAGCAUCGGCGAUGCUACCUUUGACGUCUAAUCCCACUACAAUGACCGACUUGGGAUUGACAUUACCUACCGAUUGGUCACCCUCUGCUGAUCUCAGAUUGGCAAAUGCACUAGAGGAUCAGAUGGCAUUUAUUAAUGGAAAUCCGGGGGAGGAUAAGGAUUUGGAACUGUUUUAUUAUCGAUGUUCCGGUUCAACAGCCAUACAUCCUGGAGUCAAUCGAAUAUCCCUCAAACUUCAACGUCGUUCUGCUCAAUCACCUUUAGCAGCUCCCCAACCAGCUGAAGACGAAUCGCCCUCUGCAUAUGUCACACCUUCCUCCGACUUAUUCAACGAUCAAGGUAUGCCUCAUUUGCACGUAUUUCAACCGCUACUAGCGCUAUUUCUAAAACAUAGCUCUCAGCAUUUCCCUUCGACAAGCCAUCAACGUAUGUUAGAGCGUCUUGAGACGGGUACGAUGUCCCAGUUUCUUGCAUGUUGCAUAAGCGCCUUGGGAGCUAGAUUCUCUCAGAAAGAUCCUACUACGGCUGCUGCGCCAUUCAUCGCCAAAGCGCAAGAACUGGUCAUUCCUCUCUUACAUCUACCGACUUACGACGUUGCGACAGGUCUACUUUUCUUGGCGUGGAGCAAUUAUGGACAAAACAGUGAAAGUGGAUUAUGGCAAUUUUCAGGUAUGGCCAUUCGGAUGGCUAUCGAUCUGGGUAUACAUGAAGUAUCGGAAUUGUACGAAUCACCCGCUCAUAUGGUACGAACGAGAUUAUUAUUUUGGUCAAUGUUCGUCACGGAUCGAAUCAUAGCUUUUGCAACUGGUAGACCAGCUUCUAUACCUGAAGAUAUCAUCGAAAUUCCUUUACCUACCGACGAAGACUUUUUCCCCGAUCCAGCUAGAAAUUUACCUACUUCACCCGUCGAACCCGUCGAACCAGUCCCUUUCGUCCAGCUAGUCAAACUUAUGAUAAUUUGCGGAAGAAUUUCAAAUGUGCUCAAUGGACGAAGAGGUAAAUCGCGAACGCUGGUCAGUUCUGUCGAACCAUUACCUGAAUUAUUGGCAGAUCUGAAAAUCCGUCUAAUUCAAUUUUACUCAAAUUUACCUGAAUCACUGACAUGGUCGGCGGAUAACUUCAAACAUCAACAUAAUAGAGGACACGGCGGGACGUAUCUGUCGUUACAUCUUUGGGCAAAUGCUGUAUUAGCACUGGUGUAUCAUCCUGAAUUGCUAAAGAGCCCAAGUGGGGUUGAGACACCUUUGAACAAGUCGAUGGAUAGGAAUGUAAAAUUAAGUCUGGCUUCGUCAAGACAGAUUUGCGAAUGCAUGGUAUUUGCAGAUCUAGUAGAUUCGAAAAGUUACACAUCAACACCCUACCUCACCCAGCCCCUGUUUGUCGGAGCCAUGGCAUUCAUCUACGAGAUGCGCUCUCUAUCUAUAUCAUCCUCCGAUCCAACAUCACAGACCAGCGCGACGGACGUAUUAAUGCUUUCUAUGGCAAAGCAGAAUUUCCAAGCUUUGCUGAAUGCCAUUCAGCGGAUGGAAGAUUAUUGGGCAGGAGCGGGAUAUGUCGCUCAGAUAUUAGAGAAGCGUUCCGGAUCGCCAAGGUCGACUUCGAGAAGGGCCAAUAAGAAGACUUUCAUAUCCUUACCUGAUACGGGGUUGUUGAAGAGGUUUACAACGGACCCCGAACAUCCAUCAAAUGUCGCUCCGCAUACGGAGACUUCCCUGAGAGAAUCUAUAGCAAGGAGCGAAAGGGGAAGUUCCUUUUCGGCUUCUGGGCCUACACCACUAUGGUUAGCCGACCUGAUGUCAGGCUACACCGUGCAAAACAUGUCGUUCGCACCUGCCGACACCCUAGAUCUGGAAAGACUCCUAGCGUCAAGUGCGGGUUAUGGGAUAGGUGAGACGAGCGGAUCUAGUGGGUUCGGGAUGUUAAAGAGGAGUGAGAGUGAUGAAACUCCAGGGAGCGCUGGGAAACUGUAG